UGAUAACUUAUAUUUCAAAUGUCAAAUAUCGACGAUCGUAAAGUUGGAAAGGCUGUAAUCCGAUGACAGUCAAGAUACAAUUUUUAAUAAAACUUUACAUUCAUCGAGGACAAUUCAUCGCGAGUGAAAGUCUAAUUGCGCAAUGACUGUCAUAAAAACUGUUUUGCUGGUAUUCGUCUUGUGUAUAGGAUUAAGCUUUAGCUUUAAUUAUCCGUAUGGCGAUUGUACAGGUUUAGGUUACAAGGAAGUAUACGCGAAACCAGGUGACGAUGUAACAUUAGAGUGCGACACGUGUUCGUUCAAUGGCACAAUUUACGGUUAUUUAUGGCAAAUUCCCAGACACAGAUCUAAUUCUGGUCCACCUUCGCACCACGUAUAUGUCGAUAAAGAAUAUGCUGGGCUGUACAAAUGCUUCAUUUUUACUACACAGGGUGAUAUUUUAGUUGACGAGGUCUGCGUAACGGUUUACGAAGAAGUUCUAAUUAAAUUGUUCAUAACACCUGACGCAUUCGAAUGGGAGGACUUCAAUUUGGAAUUCGAAGUAGCAGGUAGUCCGGACCCAGUCACAGAAAUAAUAAACAUCGAAACUGGGGUCACUGUGGCACAAGUAAAUGGAAGUGGAGUACAUAAUGUGACCGUCCAAAAUGUCACGUGCGUUAAAAACAGACAAUACCAGCUAAUAGCCACCAAUGCAUACAGCAACGACUCCAUUAUGCUUAAUGUAACAGUUGCAGGGAUACUGACAAUGAACGCAGAAAAACAACAAUUACCAGUUAUACCGCUCCGGAUGAUGAUGAAGAUGAACAUGAUCAGCUUGAUGAUGAUUUCAAUGAAAUUAUUAGUGCGUUAGUAAAAAGUGAAGAACAAGCACAGACAUAUGAACUAAAUGACUUUAACAUUCAGGAUUUUAAAGACAAUUUAAAAUUUAAACGUCCAGUAACCAACACACAAGUGCAAAUUAAUGUUAUUGUUGACAAAAUUGAUGAUUCAAAUUUGAUAAAGUUUGUUAAGAAAAUUUAUUUAAAAACUGAAUGAUAUUGAAAUGGAUUUUACAGUGUCUGAUGACAAGAAUUCCAUAUUUGAGAAAUGUUUGUUGCAAUUUUACAAACAGUUGCACAUUUUUUUAACCGGAACAUCAUAUACAAUGGACUGUUUAAUGCUAUUUAACACUGAAAAAACAUUUGCAAACCGACACAUGGCAGUUUGCCAUGAAAUAGUGCAAAAAAUUCGUAUUGUAUUUCUUGAAAAAAAGGUGGAUAUGUUGUGUCUUUCAAACAACCGAAUGCUUAAGAGAAUUGUUACAGAUACAGACAAAGCACGAGUCCGUUAUGUUCAAGGCUAGUGUGUAUCAAAAUUAAAACAAAAUUAUGUAAAGUCACUGAAGACACACCAGUUUAAAACCUCACAAUCAUCCAAUUCAAUUUACCACAACUCAAAAAUUGCUUUACAAUUAUUAGAUGUUUUAAAAGAAAGUGAUUUGUAUAUUAAAGAAGUAACAACACAUCCAGAUUCUUUGCUGGACAUUGAAAGAAAACAAAAUAAUGCUAGUGGUCUUACAAAUGUUACAGAUGAUUUUUUUACAUUUUUCUUUGAUUUAACUGGUGCAUGUAUUUCAACUGUAACAAAUGAAAAUUUAAUGAAAUAUGGAAAAAAUAUGCAUGAAGAAUGUUACAACAUAGUUUGUAAUGCUAACAAAAUGUUUGAAAAAUUUGUUAGCAUUGUUUCCAAAAAAUUAAAUGGAACAAACAUGCAAACAAUUGGUCCAGAAGAAGAUUUUUCUGUUAAUGAAUCAAUGUCCCCUUUGCUUUGUUUGACAACCAAUAUUUUUGACAUUUACAAUCAUUUAGUAAAAAAGUAUUUGAUGGUGUUGUUGGAACAGUUCAGAAGAGAUGUAAAAUCACAUUACAAGCUUGAAAAAACAAUGGCCCAUAGAAAGCAAAUCAAAGUGAAACUGGACUCAAAAAUAGAAAAAAAGUUAAUAAAAAUAAAAAUAUGCAAAUUGAUUGUAAUAACAAUGAAAUGUCUAAAACAAAAGAAACAGAUUUAAAUCUGGCUGUGCAGUGUGAGCCUCAGCCUUGACCUUUAACUGAGGUUACUAUGGACGUUGGUCAUUAAAUUGAUUCGGAAAUUGCUGACAAUGAUCAAUGUCAAAAAUGUUUUACAAAUAAGGAUGAUCAGUGGAUACAAUGUGACUCUUGUAAUAAUUGUUUUUACAAGAAAUGCUCCGGAAUAAGAACUGCAAAAUUGUGGUCUAAAUUCUCAAAACAAAAUGCUUCAUGGUUACGUAUAGAGUGCAAAUAAAUGUGUAUGUUUGUAAUUGUGAAAUUCUCUCUUUACAAAGCAUGUAUAUAUAUAUGUAUAUAGAUAUAUAUAUAUAUAUAUAUAUAUAUAUAUAUAUAUGCGUGUAUGAAUGAACUUAUAUUUUGCAUUCAAAUAUCCAAUUAUGUGUGAUCGUAGUCAAAUUA